CUAGUGCGUGCAAUGUCGGAAUGGCGCACGUCUGUGAUCGAGCUGCCAUCGGCGAUGACGAUCGUCGCUGCGAAUUUUGCAGCAAACUGUUCAUACAGAGGAAGAACAUGCUGCAACAGAUCAGGAACGUUCACAAAAUGGCCGUGGAUGUCAAGAAAUUGAUGAAAUGCGACGUAUGUGGCACUUCCCUGCCUACAAUGGAGAAGUAUUCGGUGCACCAGAUCGCUGCGCACAACUUCGAGGCUGAUUACGUGCACCUGGUGGUCCGGAACAAUAAGGAAUUUCAUGAAUGGAAAGCAGAAGAAGAGGGUAGCCAAAACUGCUGGUUCAUUUUGCCCAGGGACCCCAAAAAGCUGGCCAGUGGAGAAACAAGGAUCCACUAUUACUGUAAUAGAUCAGGCGAGGCAAGGAAAAAGGAAGGUCAUAGUGACCGUCGGGAGAAAAGUCAGGGGAGCUGUAGGUCUGGUAAGAUAUGUCUUUCAUUUAUUACCGUCACAAUUACCGUCCGACACCUGAAGGCACCACCAUAAAAGUCAGGUAUCAAAGAAACCAUUACGGUCAUAAACCAGAAAUUCAGCACUUGAGAAUGAGUGACAAGGAAAAGGCCAGCGUAGCAGAGAACCUAGAAAGGGGUGUGCCCAUGAAAACCAUUCUAAAGCGAGUAAGAACAUCUGUGGCAUCCAAGCUGAGGCCCGUGCACUUGGCAGAGUGCUCAACCCUGCAUAACAUCAAACAGCAGUUUAACAUUGCUGCUCCUGAACAUUGUCACACUAAUGACGCCAUCAGUGUAGACAUGUGGGUGCUUGUGAUGAAAGAAAAAGGUGAAACACUUGUCCGCCUGUACAAGGCACAAGGUGCAGUGGACCCAAGUGGUACAUUUCCUUCAGCAGACUUUGCUCUUGUUCUGAUGACAGAGUCUCGGAAGGAGCUACUAGAAAAAUUGGGCCCUGCAGGUACUGUAUGUCUUGACUCCACACAUGGAACUACAGAGUACCAGUUUGAGCUGACCACUCUUCUGGUGCUAGAUAAAAUAGGAUCAGGUGUAGCUAUAGCUUAUUUCAUCUGCAACCGGAUGAACGAGCAAACUUUGACAGCAUUCUUCAAAUAUCUGGAGUCGGCCAUGGCCAAAAAAGUGGCUGCUAAGACAUUGAUAUCUGAUGAUGCGUCGCAAUUCUACAAAGCAUGGUCCAUGGUCAUGGGUGCCGCAAAACAGAAACUUCUCAGUGCCUGGCAUGUGGAUAACAAUUGGCGUAAGAAGAUACUCGAGUGUGUAGAGAAACAGCUAAGGCCACAUGUUUACCAUAGUGUGUGGCUACUCUUAGAGUUCCUCGGGGAAAAGGCAUUUGAAGAUUAUUUUAAGCAAUUCCUUUCUAGUGAGGAAGAAAAACUGAGGGACUUCCUGAAGUACUUCAAUGACCACUAUGCAGUUAGGCCGCAAGAGUGGGCCUAUUGCUUUAGGACUAGAGCAGCUGUCAACACUAACAUGCACCUUGAGAGCAAGCGCAGGAUGUUAAAGCAUACUAUGCUGGAGAGAAAACAGAAUAAGCAUGGUGACAAACUUAUUUCUGCCCUCAUGGACUUGACAAAUCAUUUUUUAAUGAAAAGGGCUAUCCAGAUGAUGAAAGGGGCAAAGGGUAAGAAGCUGAGCAGAAUUCAGAAGAACCACAGGUCUGGCAGUGAAAUGGCAGCUUGAGCCAAAUUAAAUGAAGAUGGCUGUGCCAAAUUAAAUGAAGAUGGCAUAUAGACUGUGCCAUCUCAGUCUAUUAAAGGGCUCUCAUAUAAAGUGUCAAAAGUGGGAGAUGGUGCUUGCUGUCCUUUGAGGUGUAAGGAAUGUGCAGUGUGUGUGCAUACUUACAUGUGCACUUGCUAUGACCAUCUUAUACACUUUACAGUGUGCAAGCACAUUCACUGUGUGGUCAUCGCUAAUCCAACUAGCAGCAACAAGGCCCAUGAGAGCUCACCCGAAGAAGCAUGUGAGGCAAGUCGGGCAUUGCACAUUGUACAGAGUAUAACAAAGCUGGAAGCAGCCAAAGCAGUGUAAAGCUCAGCACUCUUAAGAGCAAAAAUGGACUCGGUCAGACAGGCAAUAUCAGAUGGUGAAGUCUCUGAGGGUGUGGCUGAGAAGGCAAACAAUUUUGCAAAUGAACCAGCCAACAAAAAAGUUGUGCACCUGUUAAGAUUUCACUCUACAAAAAACCCUAGAUUGUCGCAGCCAUCAUCUAGCCUUUCAAGGCCCACUGAAGCUCAAAAGGAAGUCCUUAAAUAACAGCUUAGGGACAGCAACAUAGAAACAAGAGAUAACCAUGUCAGCAGGGCACGAUUACUGGUAACAAGCCUCCAGUGCAGUUAGGAAGAGAGAAGUGGUGCAGUAGUGCUGUGCUGUCAUGCCUUAUUGAAGCAGGUUGAGGGCUCGCAUGUUAACAAAUCAUGACAUGUGGUCUCUGAUGAUUAGCCCGUCUGUUUUUGUCUGUGGUGUGCAGCCAUAUGUCACAGCUGGAUGGUAUGUGUGUUAGAGCACGAGAGAUGCCUCCAUGCUUGUUGUAUGAGCUGCUGGUAAGUGUUCUGUGAAGAUAGGUACAGACCCAGUGGUCAUCUCUGGUAUGUGGCAGCUGUUGGAUGGUAGUGUGUUAGAGCACGCCUCCAUGCUUGUCAUAUGAGCCGCUGGUAAGUAACGUCUGUACAUAGAUGUAAGGAAGUGCAUUGGAUGGUGUGUAGUGUUUCAGUGUGCAAAAGCCUCCAAUGUGUUUUGCUACUUAUAAAUUUGUGUAAACACUCAAUAGCGCAGUAGUUAUGAUGUUGCACUGUUGAGCACGAGCUUGCGGGUUCAAUCCCAGCAAAGGUGGCUGCAUUUCAGUGGUGGUGAAAUGAAAAAAAAAAGUGUGUAGUUGAAUUUAAGUGCACAUCACAAAACCCGAGGUGGUCAAAAAUAUUACUGAGUCCCGCACUGUGGCAUGCCUCAUAAUUCGAUCUAGAUUUUGUGUUCCAUGUGAUGUUCUUAUUGCCCAUUUGAAUAAACUUUUAUUUUUCAGAUUACCAAAAUAGAGGGCAUAUGCAGUGGUAUUGUGUGCAGUCUGGAUAAGUUGCUCUGGUCAUGAGCACUCAAUUAAAACUUCUGCAUAUUUGGCUGCAGCAGACAGUGUCAUAAUGAUUGUAAAGACUAUGCAGAAAGCUUUAGGCCACUCUACAUAUCAGAUCAGUUUUAUAUUGCAUCCCUUAUGGUGCAUCUCUUACUUGAGUAGGCAUAAUAACAAUUGGCAAUGCUUCUUUACACAUUUAAUAAUUUUCUUUUUUUCUUUUGGAAGAGUAGCCUUCGAAGAAUAAUCUACAACAGUGCUCCUACCUUCUCUUUCACUGUCUCCCCAUUUCUUUUCUACACUUCAACUUCAUUCUACGCACUUUCUUAUUCUCCUCUUCAUCCUACAUUGAGGGUGUGGGAAAGUGAGCUAAGCGUGCAUAAAGAUUGCUGUGCCGAACUUAAUUGCGGCACUGACGAAAACAAAUCUUUGUCAAAAGGUUCACUCCAGCUACAUUCCCCCUCCAAACACUGUUUAUCACUUCAAGCCUUCAUAUUCCUGUGAGCUUUUGUCUUGUUUAACAGUUAUAACAGUCAUACUAUUUAUUACUAUCAAUAGCCAGCAUACAUUUAGCGCUGCAAAGGGCUGUUUAGAAGAUGUGCGAGUUUCUACUUCCCUUAUGAUAAAUACUCCAGACAUUCAGUCUCUAUUUUAUGAAAAUCUUUCAAACAUUGCCAGUGAUGACCACCAUAUAGGUUAAUGUCGGCAUGGGACUGAGGCUUUCCCGCAAAAAGAACAGUUAUGUUGUGCUCAUAUCAUGUGACUGGCAGUUUCUGCUGUAAUUUUUGCACUUGUCAACUGCACUGUGAAGAGUUCAUUUCUGUGAAUAUGUCCUGGCCUGAUUCUUCUUGUUCACGCAUUUCAGAUCUUGUGCUAUGAGAUGAGGAGGUGUAAAAUAAAAACACCGUGUAGAUUUCACAAUGCCUUUAAGAAACCACGCGAAGCUUGGAGAUGAAGCAUUACAUGCACCUUGAACCAAGUGUCUGGACACAGCGAGUGAAAGUUGUUUUGUCAUGAGCGAGGGUGUCGGUGUUACUUGUAACUACCUUUAAAUAAAGGUUUGUUUCAAAACAGUG